UCAUACCCACACACCACAGAAGCCCUCCAAUCUCGUUCCUUGGCCAACAGAGACUCGAAUAGUAUCCUACAACGACCGAAAGAAUAGAAAAUUGCCCCUUUUUCAACUUUCGUUUUUGUGUUGAACAGUCAUGAACGGUUCAUGGACAAGCCAUUUAACAGUGCGAACCUUGUACCUGCUGUUCCUGGGUCAGGUGGCCUCCUUCGCACUCGCACUAUCGAGCUUCACUUCCUCUCUCAUUGCUGAUCUCGGGGUUGAUGCGCCUCUUACUCAGAUGUUGCUUGUUUACUUGGGCUUAGCUUUGGUAUAUGGAGGCGUCAUGCUGUACAGACGUCGAAGACUACUGGUUCCUUGGUACUGGUAUCUCAUCCUGGGUUGUGUUGAUGUUCAAGGAAAUUAUCUAGUAAAUAAGGCGUACCAGUACUCAUCGAUCACCAGCGUAACGCUGUUGGAUUGUUGGACAAUAGUGUGGGUCGUAGCAUUGACUUGGAUCUUCCUCGGCACUCGCUACUCGCUGUGGCAAUUACUCGGUGCCGCAUUAUCUGUUCUAGGCCUCGGAUUCGUGAUGCUCUCCGAUGCCGGUGUGGGCGGAGGAGGUGGUUCAAAACCGCUACUGGGAGAUGUUCUUGUCAUUGCUGGGACAGUUUUUUUUGCCGUCAGCAACGUUGCGGAGGAAUUUUGCGUAAAGAAAAAGGACCGUGUUGAGGUACUCGCGAUGCUCGGUCUAUUCGGGACUCUAGUCAGCGUGAUUGAAAUAUCUAUCGUAGAGAGGGAGAGUGACGAAUCCAUCCAGUGGUCGACAGACAUAAUAUUGGCUUUCAUUGGUUUCGCGGCAUCGUGCUUCAUGUUCUAUUCUCUGGUUCCUUUUGUUCUGAAGAUGAGCGGAGCGACCAUGUUCAACCUCUCAGCACUCACAUCGGAUAUGUGGGCAGUAGUUGUACGCAUUUUCGUAUACCGCCAGGAGGUUGACUGGCUAUACUAUCUCGCCUUCUCUGUCGUCAUAGUUGGAGUCGUCAUAUAUUCAGUAACUGAGAAAGACCCCGAUGGUGCUUCGGCCGUGGAGGAGGGAAACCCCACUCGCUACCAAGUGCUGAGUGACGAAAGCGCGGUGGUCCGAGACGAGGAGCCUUCACGUUUUUGAGCAAUGUGGCGGCUUCCGGCCUUCUGUGAAGUGGCUUCAUAAACACUCAAGUGAAUUCCAAAUCUUGCAGUCCACGCUUGAAUGCAUGAAAUUUGAUUAACUGACACCUAUCCACAACGGUUUUACAUAUGUUUCCCACCUUUGUAGGAUCGAGUCGAUAGUGCCUGAAAGCAUAAGUACAUUUUGUCUUACAUAGUCUCGAGUCUCGAAGUUCUAAGACAAUAAAAAACGAAGUUACUUGUUGCGAUUGUGCCGAUGAAAUCCAAACCGUAGGUCACAUAGACUGCUGCGAGCCGAAUUAUGCAGUAUGUUGUAGUCACACUGAUGUCCCUAAAUUUCCUCGGUGAUUCAUGUGUCAUGCCAUGGCGUCCCUUCGCAUCAGCUGAC